AUGACAAAACUGAGGAGAGCCGCAUCUCCGCCGGCGGCCGUCCUUCGGGCCUCGGUAUCUAACCUCGGUCUGCUAGCCACCGGCAGCGGCAGCCUUGGGUUGGUCUUCUGCCAUUGUUCGUUGUUGUUGCUGCUGCUGCUGCCAUCAAUGGAGGUGGUGAACAGGUACGUCGCCACCCGGCACCACAUCGAGGGCGCCCCGACGGAGGCCGAUUUCGAGGUGAAGGAGGAGACGGCGAGGUGGGCGCCGGACUCCGGCGAGGUGCUCGUCAGGAACCUGUACCUGUCCAUCGACCCGUACCAGCUCAACCGCAUGAAGCGGAGCAGCGCGUCGCACCUCGCCGUCGACAGCAUCCUGCCCGGCCAGAGGAUCGCGGCGUACGCGGCCGGCGAGGUGGUGGCGUCGGCGUGCGAGGAGUACAAGGCGGGCGACGUGGUGGCCGGCGUGCUCGGGUGGGAGGACUACACGCUGUUCAAGCCGUCCCCGGCCGUGCUCAUGCCCAAGGUCGCCGACUCCGCCGCCGCCGACGACGACGCGGGCUUCCCCCUGUCCCACCACAUCAGCGUGCUGGGCACCAGCGGCAUGACCGCGUACGGGGGCCUGUUCGAGGUGGGCAAGCCGGUGAAGGGCGAGAAGGUGUUCGUGUCCGCGGCGUCGGGCUCCGUCGGCAGCCUCGUCGGCCAGUUCGCCAAGAUCGCCGGCUGCUACGUCGUCGGGUGCGCCGGGACCAAAGCCAAGGUUGAUCUGCUCAAAGACAAGCUGGGAUUCGACGAUGCUUUCAACUACAAAGAGGAACCUGACCUGAAAUCAGCUCUGAAGAGGUACUUCCCCGACGGCAUCGACGUCUACUUCGAGAACGUGGGCGGCGAGAUGCUGGAGGCGGCGCUGGCCAACAUGAACACCUACGGCCGGGUGGCGCUCAGCGGCGUCAUCGCCGAGUACACGGGCGGCGGCGGCGGCGCGGUGCCGGACCUGCUGGACGUGAUCUACAAGCGCAUCACCAUCCGGGGCUUCUUCGCCUGGGACUUCCUGCCCAAGUUCGCCGAGUUCAACGCCAUCAUCGCCGACUGGAUCAGGGAGGGCAAGGUCAAGGUGGUCGAGGACGUGUCCGACGGGCUCGAGAGCGUCCCGUCGGCGUUCGCCGCGCUGUUCCGCGGCCAGAACGUUGGCAAGAAGCUCGUUAAGCUGGCGUAG